UCACAGAGUCAAAGCAGCUUCAGAUCAGCUUCAGGACCUUCUCUGUCCACUGUCUGACAGUGAUCGGCCACAGGAUCACAGCAGGUGUGAGGACCAAAACCACACAUUUUCUGUGGAAGUGGGACAAGGACGGACUGAUCUUCCCUGAGAGGGCGGGGGUCGGGUGUUUUUUUUAGGGGGUACCACUCACUCAUUCACACCUCCUACUCAGCAGCGGCAUCCUGAGCAGGUCCUCGGUCAUUUUCACUGUGAAGCAGCAACAGGUUGAUCAGCAGCAGCAGCAGCUCAGUGAAGGCUGAACAUGCCGAGCAAGAGCCAGUGUCUGCGCCCUCGGCUGUGCGCGCUAGAGAAAGGCGACAACGGCUACGGCUUCCACCUCCACGGGGAGAAAGGUAAGACUGGACAGUUCAUCCGACUUGUGGAGUCCGACAGCCCGGCGGAGACCUCGGGGCUCCGCGCAGGAGAUCGACUGGUGUUCGUGAAUGGCGACGAAGUGGAGAACGAGAGCCAUCAGCAGGUCGUGUCCCGGAUACGCGCCACCGUGGGCUCCCUGGAGCUCAUAGUGGUGGACCCCGACACGGAGCAGCUGCUGAAGAAACACAACAUGAAGUGUCUGAAGGAGUAUGUGACCGACGGUGUCCCGUUACCCUUCGACGACGAAGGGGAGGAAGAGGAGGAUGAGGUGGUGGUGGUGGAGGAGGAGGUUGGUGAUGAAGACGCGCACGGAGACGCGCGUCACACCAAGCCAAACGAGGCAGAGACAAAUGAGGAGGUGGUGGUGGUGGUGAUGGUGGAGAAGCAGGAGAAGCAGCAGCAGAAGCAGAAGCAGGAGGAGGAGGUGGUGGUGGUGGAGGAGGAUGAGGAGGAGACACCCAGGGAGUCCACGAAGAGUAACGGGGAGAUCCACGAGCACGCUGAGAAGAAGGAGUCGCGCAGUGAACUGCGGCCGCGGCUCUGUGUCAUCCAGAGAGGCUCUAAUGGAUAUGGCUUCAACCUGCACAGCGAGCGGGCGCGGCCAGGCCAGUACAUCAGAGCUGUGGAUGAAGACUCUCCAGCAGAGAGGGCCGGCCUGCUGGCACAGGACAGGAUAGUACAGGUGAACGGUGUGUCACUGGAGGGGAAGACACACUCACAAGUCGUGGCUGCCAUUAAAGCUGGAGGGAGUGAGGCCCGGCUGCUGGUGGUGGACCCUGACACUGACGCUUUUUUCAAGAAGUGCAGAGUGGCGCCCAACCUCGACCACCUGACCGGUCCACUGCCGGAGCCUGUCGUUAAUGGAGGAAUGGAGGAGAAGGUGAAUGGUCGACAGGCCAAGGAGGCAGAGAGAGACUCGAAGCUGUCAAUCAGUCCCUCUCCGUCCAGCGCCUCCUCCAACACCUCCCUCACAACCCCAACCACAAACACCCCACCUGAGGGUUUGAUGACAGAGGCCAUCCCGGCUCUCAACCUGAGCCUGCAGCAGGUCAAAGAGCUCGCACACCAGAAACGCUCCAACAAGAGAGCACCGGCCAUGGACUGGACCAAGAAAAAUGAACUCUUCAGCAACCUAUAGGGCACUUCCACACCUUACACAUACAUGUAUACACAGAUUUUUUUUUUUUUAUCAUGGUGAUUCUUAAAACAAAAGAGAUAUUUUUUAUUAUAAUGACAUUAAAAUAGCAGUUUAACUACUGGCAGCAAAAAAAGAAACAAAAAUCCAAGCCUUUUUGUAAGAUACUCUAUUCUUCUUAUGACUGCUCUUGUUAUGGUAAUCCAUACAUAUUAUACAUAUAAUGUGCUACUAACGAUGAAAGAUGUAUAUGCCAAUGAAAGUGAUGUGGAGAAUGUGUAUGAAUGUGUGCGUUUAUAGUUAUUUAUGCCCUGUGAAUAUGUGGGCAUGUCCACACACACACACACACACACACACACACGUUUACGCAGUUACUUCCUUUUCAUCUGGACAGCCUAAACAAAGUGUUAUCCAUAACCAGUUAGUGCCUAACCCUGACCACUCUGAUCCCGGUGUAAUGCCUGUGGAAAUGAGGAGCAUUUGAUCGUCGUGCUAUAUUUAAUAACCGUCUCUCCCUUACAUUAAAGCUGCUCUAUGUCAGAUUAUUCAAACAUGAAUAGUUUUAAUGCCAGUGAAUAAACAGAUUGUGACUUUUAAAAAAACUUCCGCAACCUACUCCAUUUCCUACAAUUGCAGCGUAUCGCCUGACUGAGAUGAUUUGGAGAUUGGUCGUUUUAUCAAAAACUAGUGUUGCUUUCGUGAACCUCAUCAGUGUCCGGGUGUCGCAAGCCCAGUUCAGUUACAGCCACAGGUGUUGCUAUAGAAAACCCUUUACAGGUAGAACCCUAACCCCGGACACCUGCGGUAAAGCACCGUGCACAUUUUUAUCAAACCAGCCUGACAACAGGGGUGACACACUGAAAGUCAUUUUUGAUUUUUUUGGGAAAUAUUUACUGAAGGCUUUAAACUGGAAAGAACUGUAUAUGAAAAUAGGUUAUUUUAUAACGCAUGUAUAUAUCUUAUACCAUUUUUCCUUUUACUCUUAUUGAUUUACGAUUUUUAUGAUUUAGUGAAAUUCCAUCCUUUGAAGAAAUGUGAACUCCAGUUAAUUAUAAGUAACUUAUACCAUCCUCACUUUGCCGUCACGUCCCCCCGCGAAUGGCUGUUCACUACACGUGUUUAAGCACAGAUUUGUAUUGCUUUUAAUAAAUAAUCAUUUUACACAUUUCUAUUGAACAACAAAAUGGUGUGAUUUUUAGAUUCUUAUUUCUAUGCCUGUGCUUCACUAGAUUAGAUGUAUUUGUCCAAUUCUGAGAAAAAGUGAUCAUUUUGAAGUUAAAUGAUUGAACAAUAUGAUGAGGGUUUUUUUUUAAUAUAAAGCACGUGUAAGUGAUUUCUAUACUGUAAUAAAUCGGUCAUUGCAACAACACAA